CCAUCUUUUGACUCAGCAAGAAGCAUUAAAUAGGCCAACUCAUCAUAACAUUUAUCGUCAAGUCACAAACAGAAAUCUUGAGGAUUAUCGUUCCAAGAUGGAACAUCAAAUGCAUACAAAGUACAACAUUCAAGAACAUAAUUAUAAAAUUAAUGACUUG